AUUCAACAAAUUGUGCAAUAAACACGAAAAUAUUCUUCGCGUCAGUCUAAAAAAAUACCAGCGUCUGACAUUUGACGUUCUUUUUUUUAUAUUAUUUACACAAUGCUACCAACUAAGAGGACGGUGCUAUUAUUGCCCAGUGCCGCCAACAAAACCUUCUUGCACCGGUGUUGUCAUUCCCGCAUGUCCAUUUGAAAAUACACCGUCAGUUUGAGCACGUGUUUUGUUUGUUGUUAAAAUGGAGACUGAAGUGAAUGAAGAUGUUGUCGAGAUGAUGGAAGAAGACGAGGAGACCAACGAGAAUGGCGAGGUGUAUCUGCCUGGACAAAAGUUGGAGGCUGAUGAGAAGCUGGUUUGUGAUACCUCAGCCUAUGUGAUGCUCCAUCAGGCUUCCACCCAAGCACCCUGCUUAAGUUUCGAUAUAGUUAAGGAUAUGCUAGGUGAUAACAGGGAAGAGUAUCCACUGACCUGUUACAUAGCCGCUGGUACACAGGCAAACAAAACUCAUGCUAACAGUAUAAUUAUCAUGAAGAUGCACAACCUUCAUAAAGUUGUGAAUCAUGAAAAUGAAGAGAGUGAUUCUGAGGAUGAUGAUGAGGAGGACGAUGAUGAGGGUGAAAAGAAUCCAAAAAUGAUAGCUGCUUUCAUCAAGCAUCCUGGCUGUGUAAAUAGAAUUAGGACUGUGACUCUACCAAAUGUAGCAUUAGCAGCCACCUGGAGUGAGCUGGGAAUUGUAAACGUUUGGAGUAUAAAUGAACAGUUGGAGGCGUGCGACUCGCCGCAAUUAUUGGAAACUUAUAAUAAGAAGCAAAACGCAAUCAAUCCGCUUUUCUCAUACAGAGGACAUAAAUUGGAGGGAUUCGCACUGGAUUGGUGUCCGACUGCACCGGGUGUGUUAGCAACAGGUGAUUGCAAACAGGAUUUAUACGUGUGGCAACCAAAAGAGGGCGGAACUUGGGAGGUGUGUAGAGAACCGCUUGUCGGUCACACGCAGUCCAUAGAAGACAUCCAAUGGUCUCCCAAUGAGGUAAACGUGAUGGCCACGUGUUCUGUAGAUCGUUCCAUCCGCGUUUGGGACACUCGUGCGGCACCUUCCAAGGCUUGCAUGAUCACCUGCGAAAACAGUCACGAAGGUGAUGUGAACGUAAUCAAUUGGAAUCGCAACGAACCGUUCAUACUGAGCGGCGGCGACGAUGGUUGCUUGAAGAUCUGGGAUUUGCGGCAACUCCAACAGAAUAGUCCGGUGGCAAUAUUCAAACACCACAAGGCUCCUGUAACCAGCGUCGAGUGGCAUCCCACGGACUCGACUGUCUUCGCCUCAUCCGGAGAGGACAACCAGAUCGCUCAAUGGGAUUUGGGCGUUGAAAAAGACGGUGAUCUGACCGACGUUGAGGAAAUACCUUCGCAAUUGCUCUUCAUCCAUCAAGGACAAGAGAACAUCAAGGAAAUCCAUUGGCACAAGCAAUUGACUAGUGUUUUGAUCAGCACGUCGCUCGAUGGCUUCAACAUUUUCAGAACGAUAAGUGUGUAGCAUUUUAUUUAUGAACAAUCUUCAAUUUUUAUUGUAAUUACACUUAAAGUUGUUGCUUUCAUUGGCUACUUCUAGAACGUUUAUAAUAAUUAUAUAUAACACAAUAUUGAUGUUAAAGUUAAAAAAUAUAUUUUAAAAAUA